AUGGCUACCAAAAAGUCUUCGUCACGGCUCCAAAGCCCAGGUGAUCGCAAUGUCAAGAAUGUCGUGCUGGGGGACCUCAUUUUCAACCCAUGGUACCAGUCCAUUUACCCUGAAGACCUUGUCGCAAAGGACGCCGAUCGCCUUUACGUAUGUCGCUGGUGCUUUCGAUACUCUUGCGAUGGGGCUACCUUUUCUGAACACACGCGGGCCUGUGUGUACCGCACAACGCCCCCUGGAAACAAGGUAUACGACCACGGCGGAUACGCAGUCUGGGAGGUAGAUGGAGAGGAGCACAAAUUGUUCGGGCAAAAUCUGUCUCUCUUCGCCAAACUCUUUUUGGACCACAAAACAGUCUUCUUUGAUGUGGCAACCUUUCUCUAUUACAUUCUCACAUUUACCGACCCGGACAACUCGGAGAACUACCACGUCCUAGGUUUCUACUCAAGAGAAAAGCUUUCCUGGGAUGCCAACAACCUCGCCUGUAUCUGUAUUUUUCCACCUUAUCAGCAUAAGCAGCUGGGCAAGCUGCUGAUGGGGGUGAGUUACAAGCUCAGUGGAUGGGAGUCACCUGGUGGGUAUAUUGGCGGACCGGAGAAGCCUCUCAGUGACCUGGGUCAGAAAAGCUACAACCGCUUCUGGGCGGAGCGAAUUGCGCGAUACUUGCUUUGCGGACAGCGCCCUAGGAAUAAGGUUGAGCCAUCACCUCAGAAACCAAGCUCUAAGGCCGCCCGCAAGAGACUACCGCGCGAGUUGAUGACUGUUGAGGAUAUUGGUCAUGCGACGGGGAUGUUGACCGAAGAUGUCAUCACAGCGGUCAAAUUCAUGGGUGUUCUCCAAUCCGACAGCACCCCUAAGAAACGGAAACUGAGCCGACUGGCUGGAGAUGAAGAGCCUGAAACGGGCCCGAUAAUGAUCAUUCGCAAAUCGGAUGUGCAAGAAUGGGCUGAUGCCAAUCAUCUAUCAUUGGAAGAUCCAGUCAAAGAGGAAGGAUUUGUAGGAGAAUGGCUUUCGGUAGCCAUCUCUGAUCUCGAAAGUAGCUCGGGGGCAGAGUCCUGA